UGCUGAUGUUCCAUCCAUUUGCAAAUGGAUUGUUCGAACUGGUACCAGCUAUCAGUUACUACCAUUUACUGCCAUCUCUUUUGUAAAUGCUUAAGAGGACUAGGAUACAAAUAGUGUCCUUCACUGCCAGUUUGUCAUAGUGAAGUCCCUGAGUUUUGGUUACUGUUUUCUAUUAUGGCUGCUGUUUUUCAAGCCAGGGCAAAAUACAGUUUCCUAUAGCUGCUGCUGCUCUGUUGUGUGAAGCCUACUGUUGCUGCUGUUCUGUCAGACCAGUAGUAGUGCUGCUGCUGUUCUGUUAUCCUAUUUUGUUACUUUUACUAUGGCAUUGUUUUCCUUCCCUCUUACUAGAUGGAUUGGAAACAUCGCAUAUCAUUUAGCCCAUGUAGCCAUUUGGUGUAAACAAUUUUAUUUACUCUUGUUUUGUUUUCUUUGUGACAAAAAUUAAUAGACCUACCUGUGGACCUACGCGAGGCAUUCAAGCUCAGGGACUCAUUGACAAACAAGGAAAGCUUCCAGUUCCCAUUCCACAACUAUUUCGUGCACCGGUAGGAAAGCAUGCUGCUCAAUUGGCCUCAAGGAUUGGUGUCGAGGUUCGCACACAUGUGAUAGAUGUUGGCGUCCCUAGGUGGAAGGCAGUAGAUGAGAGUGUUAAAGCACCUAUAAUUCAGCGCAUAAUGGAUAAGUUUGACUUGCAAGGAGAUCCAAUCGAUGUUGAAAAGGCAGUGGCAACACAAUGUGGACGGAGGUUGAGCAAUCACAACUUCGUUUUGCACAAUAAGUACAAGAAACUUCAAGAAACAAGGGGGGAAGAGUAUGCUAGAAACAACCCACCAGCUGGUGUCAAUCCAGAGCAGUGGACGAGCUUAGUCACUAAGAAGUGGACUGUUCCAAAAUGGCUGGUAAUCUUGUUCACCAGAGAAAUAGUCAUGGAGCGAUCAGAAAAAAACACCUCAAACAGGUCUUGGUCUAAGACAAAACAUAGAUGUGGAUCAAAGUCACUCCCAGUUAGGCUUGCCGCUGCGAUGCACGAUAAUGGAGGUGUUGUGCCCGCGGUAACAGAGAUGUACAAGGAUACCCACUUCAAUAAGGACACGCAAAAAUGGAUCUCUUCAGAAUCCGAAGUUCUCUAUGAUAAGAUGGUACAAAUAGAGACUAAACAUAAUGCGCAGGAAGGUACAAUCCCGAUUACGCAAGAGGAGCUCUCUGUUAAAGGACUCAAGGCAAAGUCAGGCUAUGUGAAGGGACUUGGCAUUAGGCCUUCCUCCUCUAUUAGGACUGUGAACAGGGAGUAUGUAACACACCUCGAGGGAAAGGUGCAAGAGCAAGCUGAAAAAAUUCAGGAGCAAGCAGAAGGAAUUGAAGCAGCAAACAAUAAGAUAGAGGAACAGGGGAAGACUUUGGCUAGUGUUAUGGCAUUUCUUAAACAACAAGGAUUCAUCGGUUAACAACUUGCUGAUUGAAUACAUAUAAGGUUGGUAGCGGGGAAGAUGGUAUAUAUACGCUCUUCUAUGAAGACUUUUUGUUUGGAUAUAUGAAGACUCCUUUUUGGGAUGAAGGUCCGACUCUUCUUUUUUGGAUGUAUGCUUCUAUGAAGACUCUUUUUUGGGAUGAAGGUCCGAGUCUUCUUUUCUAGAUAUAUGCUUCUAUGAAGACUCCUUUUUUGGAUGAAGUUCCGAGUCUUCUUUUUUCAUUUUAAUGAUGCUACCGAACUAUGAUGAACAUAUAUGGUAUGGUCUACCUUUCAUGUUUUUGUCAUGGGAAUAUUGAUGCUUUAGAUCCUAUAGUUGAAUGGACAUUAAUUUGGUAUAGAAUACAUGAUUUUUGUGGUUAA